AUGAAACCGGAACUGAAUAUCAGUGAUCCUAGCAUCUACCACGUUUCCACGGCCGAUCCAAUAAAACUUAUAUUUCAGUCAUGGGUUGCCCGGAACCACAUAUUUCCACGAUACUCCUCAAAGGUUCCCGAGUCGGUCUGGAAACUCUCCUACUACGGACUGUCAUGGCUGUUCUCACUUGCUGUUCACACCUGCGUUGCUAACAUCAACUCGUUCAGUGAUCCGCUGUCUCUGUGGAAUGGUUGGUCUGAAGGAGAGUCCCCUCCGAUUCAUCCUGCCAUUCGAGUCAUCUACGCCACUCAAGCUUCCUUUUACAUCCACUCCAUCUAUGCUACUUUGUAUUUGGAUCCUUGGAGGAAGGACUCAUGGCUGAUGUUUAUCCAUCACUUUAUAGCGCUGUCGAUGUUACUACUCAGCUAUGUGGACAAUUUUACUCUUUGUGGAGCUCUACUACUAUUUCUGCAAGAUAGUUCGGAUGCAAUGCUGGAAAUGGCCAAAAUUGGAAUGUAUCUACGUAGACGAAGGAAUGGUAGUUACUACAGGUUCAUCGACAUAGCUGGCAGCACUAUUUUCGUAUUAUUUGCAGGUAACUGGGUUCUGUGUCGAUUGUACUGGUAUCCAUGUAAACUACUGUACGGUACCCUAUAUGGAGCUGUGUACCUUGGACCUCAGACGGCGCCAUUCUUCCCAGUGCUCGGAUUUAUGCUGGUCCUAAUCUACGCUAUGAAUAUCUAUUGGUUUAAUGUAAGUUUAAUACUUAAGGGGAUUGCCCAAAUGAGUGCCUCUACAGCAGGCAUCACUUAC